UUACAUAACCACACCUUCUCUAGAUAGGAGUUACCAUGGCGACAAGUGUCAACAGAAACUCCUAGAAAAAACCCAAAGGCUCACCGAUGCACUGGGGAGUGUGCUUCAUUUGAUGGGACAAGUCUUGUUUCCUAAGAUCUCUGGGAGCAGAAUGAACUUCCUGGAGGACCGGCUGUCCAAUCAGGAGCGGACGACAGCGGCGCUGCUGGAGCAGGCCUUUCGGAUCAAGGAAGACAUCAUCACCAACCUGCGGGGGACCCAGGGCACCUACCAGGCAGAGACUGCCGCGAGAACACUGCUGGAGAACCACAUCCAGACCAUCACCAACAUUGUCAAGCAGCUCAGCGCAGACAUUGAGGUCUUGGAAGGACAGAUCCUCCAGCGGGAUGGAGUUUCUUCAGGAACAAGCUUGGCAGUUCAGAGUCUGGAUCACAAGCACCUGGCUGGGAUUGGAGACCUGCGGGGAAGAGUGGCCAGAUGCGAUGCCAGCAUCUCCAAACUGUCUGGAGAUGUGAGUUCUUCCAGCCAUGAGAUCCAGAAACUACAGAAAGAAACCCAUGAUGUGAAGUCAGCCUUGGAAAUGCACAUCAAAGACCUUGAACUGAAGAUAACGCAGUUGCUGGGGAAAAUGGAAACAUCCCUAUCUGAACAGAACUCAAACUUAAGAGCAGCUCGAGGGGAUCAACUCCAUGAAGUUCAGCUGCUAGAUGUAAAGACCCUAGGUGCUCUGGCUGAUCUCCGGGAGCAGAUUCACAGCCAGCGGAAGUGGGCUGAAGUGCAGCUGAGCCGAUCCCAGCAGGUCCAGACUCAGGGCACGGAGCAGCUCCAGUCACUGCUGCAGGAAAGAGCGGAAAUGACAGAGAAGAAAAUGCAAGACAGCAUGAACCUCCUAACCGUCAGACUGGAAAAAUGUGAAGAGAGGCAGGAACUUGAAAUCAGAGCGAACAGAGCGAAGUACACAGAAGACAAGCUCACCGCGAGGAUUGGGAGAGCAGAGAAGAGGAUCUGGGAGGAGCUUGAGCUCAUGAAGAGCGAAUACAGAUCAGGCUUCCAAUCGAUCCAUGACGCUAUCAGCUCCCUGCGGCAGAUAAACGAGACCAACAACAGGAUGCAGAAAGAGAAGGUCCAGAAUGACAUCAAGCAGAUCAGGAGGAAGAUGGUUGAACUGAAAGACGUCUGACUUGACAUCUUGAAAUUGAACAAGUGAAAGCCUAAACUGGUAGAAUUGUAUAUUGCCUGUUCCAAUCAUUUGUGUGUGUGCUCUUUUUUUAAAUCUCUUAAAUCAUGCUAUUUUCCCAAAUUCACCGAUUGUAUUACUGUAUGGGUCGGGGCCCAGGUGGAGCAAUGGGCUCCAGUGCUAGUUUCACCUCUGGAAGGCUGAAUCCAGCUCAGGUCCCAUGCAAAAUAAGUUUGGUGGGCUUAACUUCCCCCCUCAGUGGACAGCAGUACACGAGUAAGCUUUCCAGCUGCUCUAUGACUGGAGAGAAAAUGUUCCAGCACUCUAAACUAUAGAUUUAAAAUAUAUAGUUAAAUACAAAUUAUUAAACAGUAAAGCUAACCAAUUUAAAUAGCUUGGUUUAUUGAACUGCAACCACAGUAUAAACAGCAGCUCUCUUUUCUGCUUCCCCACUCUUUGGGUAUUUUGUGU